AUGAACCUCCAUGACCUCCAAGACUUGCAGUCCCCCUGCUAUGUUCCAGAGGAGACUCCAACACCUGAUGUAGAGCUCGCAAAAUCUCCUGUGGAAGAGGUUCCUCGAGAGGCUUCGUGGCCCGCUGUAAAGCUUCCAAAUCCUCCUGUAGAACCUUCAAAACCUCCUGUGGAGAAUAUUCCCGAGCCUUCAAGGCCCGUUAGUCAGUUUUCUAGCAAGCCUCCAAGGCCUCCUGUAGAACUUCGAAAGUCUCCUGUAGAGAAGGUUCCUGAGGAACCUCUGAGGCCUGCUGUAGAGGAGCUUCUUGACGAGCCUACAAUGGAGGACGCUCCUGUGGCGCCUCCACGGUCGUUUGUAGAGCUUCCAAAACUGCUUGCAGUGGUUUCUAAUGAGCUUUCAACGCCAAAGCCUGUAGAGAUUUCUAUGGUGCCUCCAAGGUCUUCUGCUGAGCUUGCAAAACCUAUAGAGGAGACUGCUGAGGGUUUCCGAAGGCCUGCUGUAGAACCUCCAAAGCUUCCUGAGGAGGUGGUUCCUGACGAGCCACCGAAGCCUUCUGUCGAGCCUCCAAAACCUCCUGUAGAAGAGGUUCCUGUGGAGCCCGCAGGGCCUUCAGUAGAACCUCCAAAACCUCCUGUGGAGGUUCCUGAAGAGCUGCCGAGGUCUUCUGUAGAACCUCCAAACCCUGUGGAGGAGGCUCAUGAGAUUCCUGAGGAGCCUCCAAGGCCUGCUGUAGAGCCUCCUAAUCCUCCUGUAGAUGAGGUUCCCGAGGAGCCAUCAAGGCCUGCUGUAGAGCCUCCAAAUCCUCCUGUAGAUGAGAUUCCCGAAGGGCCCCCAGGCCGCUGUAGAGCCUCCCCAAAACCUUCGUAG